AUGAUCAAGAUUUUGAUAGUCGGAGAUUCUGAAUGAGGCAAAAGUACACUUGUCAACCUGUAUAAUGGCAGCCAAUCAGGGAUGAAAAAGGAAAAUAUGACCGAUUUUGUGCAAAGAACUAUUGAUAUUAAUGGAAAUCUUCUGUAUAUGCAGAUUUGGGAUGUUGCUAAUCAAGAUAAAGGAAGUAGCAGCUUGACUAUGCAGUUUAGUAGAAAUGCAUCAGGUAUUAUCUGUGUGACUGACAUUCAAGACCAGAUGUCCCUUGAGAAUGCUAUUUUUUGGAAGAAUCACAUCAAUAGUGAUAGAGAGGUUCCAUGCAUAAUUGCAGCUAAUAAGUUUGAUCUGGUGGAAGACCUUGAAAAGGCUGGCCAGGCUUUAGAAGAAUUCCAGCAGGAAAAAUUUCUUAAGCUCUUUGCAAAGAAGCAUGGAUUCAUUGGAGCUCAGAGAAUUUCGACUAAGUAUAAUAGGGGCCCUGAAGAGAUUUUGAAAACACUCAUUAGCGAGAUUAUCGAUAGGAAUUCUGAAAGGAAUCCUAUCACUGGGGAGAUGGAAUUCAAACCGGAAAACUUGGAAACAGGAAGCUUUAAAAUCGGAGAUGGAGACAAAUAACAGUAUUUUUUAUGAAGAGAGAGGUACUGGAAGGGGAUAUCAAAGGAGACAAAAGAAAAAGAAAUGUUGAAAGUAAGCUGUUUGAAUCCUAUAAAUUAGUUGAUAUUUUCAAUUAAUC